CAUCAUAUCAACCGGCUCCCCCACAUGCGAGCUAUCUGAAUCACUUCGUAAUUCCUCGCGGAAAUUUGAAUGAUGCGCAUCUACGUGGACGUUAACUUCUGAAAACGGCUCAAGAUUGGAAAGACAGACUGGAAAAGAGUUGUAUUAUUGAAGCAUCUGACACUGUCAUCAGGUCUUAUCCGCAUGUUUCUUUGGGGAAAUUAUCGAAAAAUUACUAAUUAAUUAACAAGGAUAAAUUGAUAACAAGCCGCAUCAAUAGCUUUGUAAUAAUUAUAACAUGUAUCAUGUAUCAUGAUUCUGUAUUCCAUUAUUCAAUUAACAUUCUUAACAAGGGUUUUACCUAUAUUUAUAUCGUUCUUGAACGAAUACAAAAACCCGAACAGUUACUCGUUGUGAGCGCUGGCGCAGCGGCGCCAUUUGCUCGUCGAACUUCGAAUAGUCUACUUCGUUUCCACGCGACUCGCACUCGCUGCUAAAACUAUACAUUGUAAUACCAGAUUCUAAGCUACUGAUAAUCAGCAGCGCAAUUAUUUGAAAAAUCCUACUCCAUCCCGAUGUGUACCUAUAACGGUUUUAUUGCUACAUCGUUCUAUAACGUAUUAUACGACGAAUAAAUACAUUCUUGAGCUAGCCCGCCACCUGUCUUCCAUGGACGGGAUGCGAUCUAAUGUUUUGACAGUUCUCGAAGUCUGACGUUUAUACGAAUUUCAUGGCGGGAAAGUGAUCGAUGACCGGCAGGCUAUGUUUAUAUUUACAUAUUUGACGAUAUUUGUCAGUUUGUAUUGCAAUCAAGCUCCCGCAGUGCAAACUGCAGACAUAGCUGGUGCGGGUGAUGCUGGGUGGGGUUUGUUUUUAUCAGUUUCACAAGGAAACGGUCAAUUUCCCAGUUAUGACAUUGGGCAUUGGACAAGGCAGCUGCAUCUUCAACAGUGUGCGUUUGUCGAAAUUGGCGAAGAAUUUUGUGCCUUAUUCGUUGAACUUCGAAGCUUUCCGAGUACCAAAAGUAUCGCUGAUAGCUCUGGUGCCAGUGAGUUCUUCCUUGGCUUAUGUAAAUGUGCUACCGUUCGAUCUUGGAUUUUAUGUUCGGAUCAACUGAUGCUACUCAGAAAGUCGGACUGUGUCUUUACCGAAGCUGUGCCAACCGCAAAUACUAGUGCUCGAGUUCAUAGAAGAUUGUGCGAUGUUACAUUACUUACUGAAUAUGCUGAGCCAUGCAAUUGUUCCGUGAACAUGGCAAAUCAACAACUCUAUCAAACCAAAGGAUUUCCAACUUGUUUCCGUGCACCAUUACCAGAAUCAAUCUGUUUACCUCGAGGAGUCUGUGGAAUAGGUCGGUGUUGCGUUAGAACAAUUAAGGGAAUUCAUUCCCCGCAGUGUGACCCAGAAUGUCAUGAGAGACAGCCGUUUUGCGAAGAGCUCGGACCCUGGACUUCGAUUGCUCCUGAAAUUACUUCUCUUUGGUCGCAUUGGUCCACUCCGGUUUGUCAGAUUAGUGAUGGUAGAGUUUUCUCAACAGCCACUGCGAUGUGCCAAAAUCAUAUGACGGGAGAGCCAGCGAUUGACUGCAUUGGCCCGGGAUCGUUUUGUUGCCCGACUGAUGCUGAAAGAUGCACUUGCAUAGUUACUACUGAAAAUGGGACGCUCAAAGCAACUAGGAUUAUUGAAUCUACACCUCGAAUCUCUCAUUUCAAGAGGAACUCAUCAGAAUCAAUUGAAAAUACACAUCCAAAACAUAGAGAAAAUCCUGACAAAGAACACGUAGAAGAGGGUCAUUCGUAUCCUGAGAUUAUGGAAGAAAGUAGGAAAUAUCGGACUAAUCUUGGACAUGAGGGUAUUAUAAACCCUUUGCGUCGACAAUUGAUGGCUUGGACCUAUGAUUACUUAGAAGAUUUCGAUCACUCUCGAGAUGGAGACUUAGAAUUUGCAGGAGCGAAUGGUGUGGCUGCAGAUGAUCCGACGGACGAUGACGACGAUGACGAAAAUGACGAAGAUGAAGAUGAUGAAGAGGAUGAUGCAGCGGGUGAAGAAGAGAACGUCGACAAGGAUGAUGACGGUGAAUUGGCAGAAAAUGACGAGGAGGAUCCCGAUAGCACGGAUUCCUCCGAACACGAUGAGUAUGAAUGGCGCGGUCAAAUUGGAAAUAUGAAAAUGACUGGGAUGCAAUGGACAAACGAACUGUCGGGAAGAUUUGUCAGAAAUAACCCCUCCAUGUCUGCUGGUGUUGAAAAACGAGAAAGUGAACACAAGCGCGAGGAUAAUGAAAAAAAUCGAGCCAGAGGAGAAGAAGAGCCAAAGGCAGAGGAGGAGGAGGAGGAGGAAGAAGUCGAAGAGGCAGAAUCCAGUGGUUAUACCGAUGAACCACUGGUGUAUUCUGAUUACGAUACCGAGCAGCCUGAUGCUGAAACUAAUACCGGUGAUGAAUACGACGAAGAUGUUUCAGAACGGGCAGAUUCUUCAAGCCUAACAAUAAUUGGAAAAAUAUUAAAACCGCAUCCGUUUCAUCAUUUUUCAACUUACGUUUAUUUCGCAGCACUAUACUUGAUUUGAGUUGUACGGUGCGAAAUUCUUGUAUAAUAAAUUUUCUGCUAAUUGAUCAUAGUUCUUUUCAAAUCGCGAUUGAGGGGGGCGGAUGUAGUUCCAAAGUAAACUCACGGUUUUUAACAAUUAUGCAAUAAUUCGUGGAACUAUCGGGUCCUAACUAGUCUCGACAUUGCUGAGAAGAAUUUUCGAUCAGAUGGUGAAGAAAGAUUGUCAUUUCCCUUACGUAGUGUCAAUCCAUUGCGUAGGACAAGUCACGGGAAGCAUCGCGAUCUCGCGUGCCGUUCCAGUCCCUGCGGGUCAACCACCGGAUUAUCGCGUAUACCGCAGCUGCAUGCUCGCAGAUGUAAUUAUAACGGAGCCCCCAUGCG